CCUAAAUAUCGAUAAUGAUGCGUUAUAAAAACCUCAUAACAUACAAUAACCUAUAUUAGUAAAUUAACUUUGAGUAAGGACAUAACAAGAUGGAAUUCAAAACUGUUAUUUGUUUUUCUGCUUUAGUUAUUCAGACCAUCUCAGCACAAUGUUUCGGAAACGCAUUUAACGGCUUUGGUCCCGGAAUGCCUGAAUUAGCGUAUCCUGGUCCUUACGGACCGAAUAUGGGUUGUGGUCUCAACACUGGCUUAGUUGGACUGGGCAAUGCAUUCGGCCCUGGACCUUGUGCUGGACCAGUAAUCGCAACCGAACCUUACGUCCCAGCUGCCUUAGCCAACAUGCCCCCACCAGGCAUGUCGAUCUGUUCAGACAACUUGCUCAUCGAAGGACCGGUAGUCAUUGCUGGCCGUAUGCCUUUCGUAGGCUCAGUGGGUGUCGAGGGUAUAUUCCCCACUGCAGGAGCUGGUGCAGUAUCCUACGGCUGCGGUGAUGGCGCCGUUGGUAUCGUAGCAGAAGGACCAAGAGCCCCAGUCGCUGAGUUUGCAUAUGGACCUGGGUUAGCUGAAGGCGUUAUGUACGGAGCUGGCCCGUUGGGUUGUGGUUCGCGUAUGUUAUAUUAAUUAUUGGUUAAUAAAACGUAUUGUUUUUUUAAA